AUGUCCAUGCUCGCGUGCGCGCUUCAAACCAUGGGCUCCUCCUGCAGCAGACCUCACUCCGUAAACGAGGCCGAGGCAGCCGACAACACAAGAUCUGCAGACAUCGACCGGCGGAUUCUGCAGGAGACAAAGGCGGAUCAGCACGUCCACAAGCUCUUGCUUCUCGGUGCUGGAGAAUCAGGAAAGUCCACGAUAUUUAAGCAGAUUAAGCUUCUUUUUCGAACCGGCUUCGACGAGGCAGAACUCAAGGGCUAUAUGCCGGUCAUCCAUGCCAACGUGUUCCAGACAAUCAAAAUACUGUAUGAUGGAGCUAAAGAGCUUGCCCAACUGGAAACUGAGUCUUCAAAACAUGUUAUAUCCCCGGAUAAUCAGGAGAUUGGAGAAAAACUAUCAGAAAUCGGAGGCAGGUUGGAUUACCCACUCCUUAACAAAGAACUCGUACAGGAUGUAAGAAAAUUAUGGGAAGAUUCAGCCAUUCAGGAAACUUACUCGUGUGGAAGUGUGCUGCAAGUUCCUGAUUGUGCACACUACUUCAUGGAGAAUCUGGACCGAUUAGCUGAACCAGAUUAUAUACCAACAAAGGAGGAUGUGCUCCAUGCCAGAGUACGGACAAAUGGGGUUGUGGAAAUUCAAUUUAGCCCCCUUGGAGAGAGUAAAAGAGGCGGAGAGGUAUACAGGUUGUACGAUGUAGGAGGUCAAAGGAAUGAGAGGAGGAAGUGGAUUCAUCUUUUUGAAGGCGUCGAUGCCGUCAUCUUUUGCGCUGCCAUUAGCGAGUAUGAUCAGCUGUUGUUUGAGGACGAGACACAGAACAGAAUGAUGGAGACGAAGGAACUGUUCGACUGGGUACUAAAGCAAAGAUGUUUUGAGAAAACAUCGUUCAUGCUGUUCCUCAACAAAUUCGACAUAUUUGAGAGGAAAAUACAAAAGGUUCCUUUGACCGUGUGCGAGUGGUUUAAAGAUUAUGAGCCGAUCGCGCCUGGCAAACAGGAUGUGGAACAUGCCUAUGAGUUUGUGAAGAAGAAAUUUGAGGAGGUCUACUUCCAGAGCAGCAAGCCGGACCGUGUGGACCGGGUGUUCAAGAUCUACGGGUGUUCAAGAUCUACAGAACGACGGCGCUGGACCAGAAACUUGUAA